GAGCUUCACUUUCCCCUCUGUAAAACAGGGAUAACAACACUUUGUUUGUAGGGUUAUUGUGAGGACAAAGUAGGAUAAUGCAUGCAAAGAUCUCUGGCACCUAUUAAAUGCUCACUAGGUCAUAGUUGUUGAUAAGAAUAACAGGACACUUGCUAACUGAUUGAGUAACUGAUCUUUAUUGAAUUGGUACUUGUUCAGUCUAAAUAAACAUACUCAUGCUCAGGUUAAGAAAAGCCAGGGUUGGGGUGAAGCUAUGGGUGAGUUUGGGAUUCAGAGGGGACACACUCUUGUCUUACACUCCAUCCACUCCAUUAACCCACACUUGCCUGCCUCUGCAUGAAGGUCUAUCAAUAUUUAAUGUGUGGGUGUCAGUUGCUGUAAACUGAGCAUACCCCAGCACCAACUUGAAUUAAUUAUAUGCAAGAGGACAGAAAAUAAAAUGCCUUUUUCUCAGAGCCCCAAGUUUCACUGGCUACAUCGAAGCUUGGAAACCACAGGGUGAAAUUUCUGCUGAUGGAGGACCCUGAGAAGAGGCUGAACCAGAAGGGUGACAGCAAACCCCGGAAAGUACGAUUUAAAAUCUCUUCCUCCUACAGUGGCCGAGUAUUGAAGCAAGUCUUUGAAGAUGGGCAGGAAUUAGAGUUGCCAAAGGAAGAAUACCCUCACAGUUUUCUCCAAGAGUCCCUUGAACCAAUGGAUGGUGUUUAUGGGUCAGGGGAAGCCCCCAAACCCCGACCAAACUCCCCUAAGCUGACUGCUCAAAGGAUCAGUGUGUUUAGAGAAGGCGAUGCCUACACUUUGGCGGGCAGCCAGCCUUUCUUCAAUGAUUACAAGGCGAAUGACCGUAAGUCCCCACCUAUUAUAGAUUUUGGAAAGAUAAUCAUCUACACAAAUAACCUGAAAAUCAUUCGAACACCAAUGGACAAGAGAGACUUCCUGAAGAAAAUUCUUCAGAAAGAGGAGGCUGAGGAAGAGUCUCUGAUGAGCAAAGAUGAAAUCUAUGGAAACAGCAGCCAGAAUCAUGGGCCUCUGCCAGAGACGGAAAGCACAUUUCCUCAUAACCAGUACCCACAGGAAGGGGAGCUUCCUGAGGACAACUGUUUUCACUGCCAAGGGUCGGGCAGUGCCACUUGCUCUCUAUGCCACGGCAGCAAGUUCUCGAUGCUGGCCAACAGAUUUAAGGAGUCCUAUCGGGCCCUGCGGUGCCCUGCCUGCAAUGAGAAUGGCCUGCAGCCUUGCCAGAUUUGCAAUCAAUAGCCCGUGGCUUUGUAUGUCCGCUUUUAUUGCAUCCUCCCUAAGGUUGUUUCUAAUAAACUGCCCCCUCCUCCUCCUCCUCCUUCUCCCAUCAAGAAAGCCACAGAGGCUGCGAGCACUUCCACCACUGGCAAAACUCAGUUACUCGAUGACAUUUCAUGAGGCUGGUAACAUCUCCAUGUGGGUCUAAGUGGCAGGGGCAUUUUUGAAUUAGAGUCUGCUCUGAAACUGGUUCUAAAAUUUUCCUUCCAGGAACGUGUGCGUGUAUCUCACUUGACUUAGCUCAGUUUUCUCCUUGCGCUUGUGAACAAAUAGAUGUACACUUUGGGCAGCAGGUUGAGGUCAUUUUCUGGUUGGGAGUUAUUUUGCAAAAUUAUGCAGUGAGAAAGGAAUAAAAAAGGCAGGUUUCUGAUGAACUGAAUUCCUGUUGCUUAUAGUGCACUUCAAAUCAUUCUUGGUCAAAUUGAAUUUUUAAUCAAGCAGAAGAGGAAAUGGAUGCCCAAUGCCGAAUGCCCUAGCAGGCCACUGAAAACAAAACAGCGUGUAGGUGCUUCAUGCUGGAGAUAGGCAAGCUGAGGAGGCCUUUCUUUCCAAGUCCUGAGUCUCUCUUGUGUGAUGAGCUUAGGUAAUAUUCAUGCAGGCGACAAGCACUGCUAUUUUUUAUGAC